UGGCAAUCAACAGAAGGUUCUCUUUUGUUUUUAUUUAUUUUCUUUUUUUUUGCGUAAGAUCUGUUUAAUGCCAUUUUAGUUUAAGUCAUUGUUAUUUGUUAGUAUUGAUUCUUAACAAAAUGGAAAACGACAAAAGUUCAGUGGUUGUUGAAGGUGAGGCUUCGGAAUCAGACGAGGAAGACUUUAUGAGGCCGGUUGGUAAAAGUCUUGAAAACGCAAGACGUUACGAAGUCCACUCGUCCGAAGAUGAACUCAGCAUAGCUGUCAGGGCGUUCGUCUCCAAAGCUGAGGAGAUGAAUGAAGCCAACAAGGCCAAAUACAACACCUUGCUACAUAAAAAAUUAAAAGAAAGUCAUUUCCGGCUGAAAGAAGACUUGAAAUCCUUUGUUGCAUCGAGUCUCAAAUAUGCCAGUGACCAGAUGAACGAGAUCAACCAGAGUUUACUCUCUGCACAGGUCGAGACGCAGGAAUCGAUCGGGUUCAGGAGACGCUCAGCGGCCACUCUCUUAAAAACUGACCAGGCCCUCACUGCAAUUCUAUCAUACAAAUUGUGCUGACAUUAUUAUUAUAAUUUAUUUCUUAAAGUCUUUUAGGAGGGGGCGAAUUCUGUCUGAAUACCAUUUUUGUGAUUAUGCUAAUUCUAUUGUUUGUUAACAUUUAUACAUAUU